AAUUAUGUCGCACAUUUGCUAUACAUGGCAGACCUUUUUGGCUGUCCUGGACUCCAAAGAGAAACAAGAAGCAAGGCUGUAACCAGAUCAGUAUAUGUCCGAGGAAAAUCCAGAUGUAGUUGUGGGCAUUAAUAAACAGUCUUGCGCUUGCUCGCUCGCUCGCUCCACAAUCUCUGGUUCUCUCUUCUGGUGAAUUGAAAUUCCACUUGUGAAACUGUCGGGUUUGGUACUCCUGUAAAGUUUGCGAAGACGGCCAUGUUAGCUCCGAAAUUACUCAAGGAAGUAAAUAUCUGCUGGGCAUGUGACUUGUUGAGUGGAGUUUUUAGGAAAUCAAACAGUGAUGGUGCUAGGCUUCUAAUCACGACAAUUAUAGGAGUCAUCUUUGGGUUUUUUAUUGGUGCUUCUAUUCCAUCUGUUUCUCUAACCAAGAUUAACUUACCUUCAAGCUUUAUAUCAUCUCUUGAUGUAGCCAUCACUGACACGCAUAGAUCAACUAGAAGCAAAUCUCUUGAAAGUGGUGGUUCUGGCAAUUUUCCCAAGAUAUAUGUUCCAACAAAUCCUCGUGGUGCAGAGUCCUUACCUCCAGGAAUUAUUGUGCCAGAAACUGAUCUUUAUUUACGCAGAUUAUGGGGUGAACCCAGUGAGGAUCUGAAGAAAAAGCCAAAAUACUUGGUUACAUUCACUGUUGGUCUUGACCAGAGAAAUAAUAUCAAUGCAGCAGUUAAAAAGUUUUCUGAGGAUUUUAUGAUCAUGCUUUUUCAUUAUGAUGGUCAGACGAGUGAAUGGGAUCAAUUUGAGUGGUCCAAGAGUGCAAUCCAUGUUAGCAUCAGGAGACAAACAAAAUGGUGGUAUGCAAAAAGGUUUUUGCAUCCUGACGUUAUAUCAGCUUUUGAAUAUAUUUUUAUAUGGGAUGAAGAUCUUGGAGUACAACACUUCAAUGGAGAUAAGUACAUUGAGUUGGUUAAGAAACAUGGUUUGGAGAUCUCUCAACCCGGUCUUGAGCCCAAUAAUGGUCUAACAUGGGAAAUGACAAAGAGGAGAGGUGACAGAGAAGUUCACACAGUUACGGAUGAGAAGCCAGGCUGGUGUAGUGACCCACAUUUGCCUCCUUGUGCUGCAUUUGUAGAAAUUAUGGCCCCCGUCUUUUCUCGGGAAGCUUGGCGUUGUGUGUGGCAUAUGAUUCAGAAUGAUUUGGUGCAUGGAUGGGGAUUGGAUUUUGCUCUUAGAAGAUGCAUAGAGCCUGCACACAAAAAAAUUGGGGUUGUUGAUUCACAAUGGAUUGUACAUCAAGUAAUACCUUCUCUUGGGAGCCAGGGCCAGUCCGAGAAUGGGAAAGCUCCAUGGGAAGGGGUGAGAGCAAGGUGUAGAAAUGAGUGGGCUGAGUUUCGGUCUCGCCUCGCCAAUUCAGAGAGGACAUACCUUGCUCAAAGCAAGAAAGAGUAAAUUUGACAGAUCCCUUGUUCUUCCACACUUUUCUUUUUUCUUCAGUGUGCAUGUUUUUAUUUUGUCUUGGGUGUUGUUAAUGAGCUCAAUGCUUCAUGCCACGGUUUGUUUUAGGUGCUCUGGGUAGUAGGCUUAUUUUAUAUUUUGCUACAUUUUCUACUUCUCAUUGUCAGCCAUACUUGCGAAAGAGAAGAAAAACUUGCCUUAUUGUCAGUGGAUUGACACGGGUUUAUUAGGCUACUCUUCGCUGUGGUUUUAUUCUUCCCAUGAUGGCUUUGCCUUCUUUCAGAUGUAAAUAUUAAUUUGUGGUAUGUUAGGGCAGUGGUGGUGGGUGAUGUUGGCUUCAAGACUGGGACUUCAUAAGCAUCCCCUGAUUAAAUUUUCGAUUUGUAUCAAUUUGGGAUUAUUACGUCCGUUAUCAUUACUUUGUUAUAUAGAUGAGUUCAUGGCAUUUUGAAUAUC